GUCCCCGAUGCGAGCAUCAAGGUGAUCGCGCAGCACGUCGGCAUCGAGUCCUUAGCGGACGAGGUGGCGCGCGCGCUGGCGCCCGACGUCGAGUACCGAUUGAGGGAGGUGAUCCAGGACGCGUGCAAGUUCAUGCGCCACAGCAAGCGCACCGAGCUCAGCACCGACGACAUCAACUCUUCCUUGGUCAUGCGACGGUGCGAACCGCUCUACGGCUUCCCCGCGGGCGCCGGCCCCAUCCCGUUCCACGAAGUUCCCGGCCACCCGGAGCUGUACAUCCCGGAGAACAAGAUACUCGACCUCAAGGACAUCCUCGCCGCGAAGCUCCCGCGCCCGCCCAUCGCCGUGAACGUCGUGCCGCACUGGCUCGCGGUCGAGGGCGUGCAACCGCUCAUACCGGAAAAUCCCGCGCCCCGACCCGAGCUCGAUCGAACCCCGGGCCCCCCGCCCGGCGCGACGGGAGCGGUCAAACCGGAAGAAGGAACCGGCGCGGUCGUGCAACCCGUCGUCGCGCACGAGCUCAGCAAGGAGCUCCAGCUGUACUUCGACCGCAUCACCGCCGUCGUGAGGGGGGGCGGGGGCGAACGCGGCGCCGAGGCUCCCGUGCUCAGAGCCGCGCUCGAGUCCCUCGCCACCGAUAGCGGGCUGCACCAGCUCCUGCCCUACUUCACCCAGUUCGUGCAGGACGAGGUGGCGACGUCGCUUCGUAACAUGCCCAGGCUCAAGGCGCUCGUGGGGACGAUCGAGGCGUUGUGCUCCAAUCCCGAGAUCCACGUGGAGCUCUACCUGCACCAGCUCAUGCCGACGCUCAUCACGUGCAUGGUGGCCAAGCGGCUCAGCGCCGACCCGACCGACGACCACUGGACCUUGCGGCGAUACUCGGCGGAGGUCAUGUCCGGCAUAUGCGCGCGGUUCGGUAAGGACUACCCCACGAUACAGCCCCGCAUCACCCGCACGCUCCUGCGCGCGAUGCUCGACCCGCGCAAGCCGUUUUCCACGCACUUUGGCGCCAUUGCCGGCUUAGCCGCGCUCGGCCCUCGGGUCACGCGCCUGCUCAUCGUCCCGAACCUCAAGGCGUACCUCGAGGUGUUGGAGCCCCACCUCACGAGGGAGCACGCCAAGAGACGGGUGACGAGCUCAGAGGCGAGGCGCGUGCACGACGCGUUGAAGGAGGCCAUCGGCGCGUGUCUCCACGCGGCGCUC